AUGCACACUCCCUCACAAACCCACUUCUCCUCCACUGAAACAGAUCAAAAUAAUCACUUAGAAUUUGAUGAAGAAGAAGAAGAAUCCAUAUUACUAACCCUUUCCCCACCUGGCCAACACCAUUCCAACACCACUACUUCUCAUCACUUUUUCAACCACAAGAAAGAUAAAGUAACUGUAGCUCUUCAUAUAGGUACCUCAUUUACUGCUACUACUACUACUACUACUUCUGCUGAUGGUGUCCCCCUUGAAGGACAAUACUGGAUUCCUUCUCCAUCUCAAAUCCUUAUUGGUCCAACACAAUUUUCUUGCACAGUUUGCAACAAGACCUUCAAUCGUUACAACAACAUGCAGAUGCAUAUGUGGGGGCAUGGAUCUCAGUACAGAAAAGGCCCAGAGUCAUUAAGAGGGACAAAACUUGCUUCUUCAAUGUUAAGAUUACCUUGUUAUUGUUGUGCUCAAGGUUGUAAGAACAACAUCGAACACCCAAGGUCGAAGCCAUUGAAGGAUUUCAGAACACUUCAGACCCAUUACAAGCGUAAGCACGGGGCGAAAGCCUUUGCUUGUCGCAAAUGUGGGAAAGCUUUUGCAGUGAGAGGAGAUUGGAGAACUCAUGAGAAAAACUGUGGAAGGCUCUGGUUUUGUGCUUGUGGUUCUGAUUUUAAGCAUAAGAGGUCACUAAAGGACCAUGUUCGUGCCUUUGGAGGUGGUCAUGCACCAGUAGGUGUAGAGUUUUGUGAGGAUGAACAUGAAGAACAGGAGAAUGGUGAAGAAGUAGAUAGAAAUGGUGACCAUGGCCCUCUUAAUUACUUCUCUAAUUAUUUUGGUAAUUAAGAUGUAAGACAAAUAUAUAUGGGUUGU